UUCCUCUCUAUGCACAGGGAGACAUUUAUCCUUAUUUUAGAUGAGAAAACCUGUUGUUUUAAAACUGGUUGCAUUGUGACUGAGGUGCACCAUUGCUUUUGCUUCACCAGUAAUAGUGCUUUUUGUACAUAUUGUAUAAAUAAUACAGUAACAGUAACUUUCUCUAAGCAUUUUGUAGUUCAAAGCGUAUUUACCAUUUUCCGACAGGUAUUUUUUUUAGCCAGUGCAACUGUCCAACAUUCUUUUGCAAUAAUAAAAGUAGAUCCAAGUGUUUUUCUGUAACCUCAAGUAAAAGAAGAGUGGACCUAAAAAGAUUUAGGUCCAGUGAAAUGCAGGAUUAUGAAGAAGCGGUGUUGUUUCUGGGGAUCUGGGGCCCGUUCCAGCGGAGAAUCUUCUUCCUCCUGUGCCUCAGCUGCGUACCGUGUGGAUACAACCUGAUGUCGGUCAUCUUCCUGCUGGCCACCCCCUCGCACCACUGCCACAUCCCUGCCCACAGCAACCUGAGCCAGGGCUGGAUCCAGGCCAGCAUCCCCGUACAGGAGGUCGGGCGGCUGGAGAGAAGCAGCUGUAGCCGGUACGAGCUGGACGCGGUGAAGAACCUCUCGGCUCUGGGUCCGACCCCCGACCCAGACUGGAUCCAGAACCACUCAGCACCGGGACCGGGUCUAAAGCUGGAGGAAUGUAAAGAUGGAUGGAGCUACAGUACAGAGUACUACCCGUCUACUGUAGUCACUGAGUUCGACCUGGUGUGCAGCGAGCAGUGGAAACAGCCUCUGACGUCUUUCUUCUACUUCCUCGGUGGACUUUGUGGAUGCUUUGUCUCUGGACAAAUCUCUGACCGGUUUGGGAGGAAGCCUGUCCUGUUUGGUUCCAUCGCCAUUCUCAGUGUCUUCAGCAUCACCGUGGCCUCGGCUCCGUCCUGGCCCAUCUUCACGGUGCUGUUCUUCCUGCUGGGCGUGGGUCAGAUCGCCUGCUACAUCGUUGCAUUUGUACUGGGUUCAGAGAUCUUGGUGGGUUCCACCCGAGUCCUGUUCUGCAGUCUCUUCCUGCCCUUCACCUACACGUUUGCGAUGAUGCUGAUGCCCGGCGCCGCCUACCUGGUCCGGAGCUGGAGACACCUGUCGCUGACCAUGGCGGUGCCCGGACUGGCCUGUCUCCCCCUCUGGUGGAUGGUCCCGGAGUCUCCUCGCUGGCUGGUUUCUCGCGGUCGUCUCCUCGAGGCCGAGAUGGUUCUGAGAUCUGCAGCUCUGGAGAACAGAGUGGAGGCGCCGCUGGUCAUCUUCUCCUCUGAAACUCCUGAAAAAGUUGAAAUCCAGAAACCAGAGCCCCUCAGCUGCAUUGAUCUGUUGAAGACUGUAAACAUUCGACAUGUUACCAUCACACUGUGGCUCAUCUGGUUUUCUAUGAACCUCAGCUACUUUGGAUUGUCCUUCAGUAUGUCCAGCCUGGAUGGAAACCCCUUCCUCAACUACUUCCUCAUCACCGCUGUUGAGUUCCCAGCAUACAUUGCCAGCUGGGUGGCAGCGUGUAAACUUCCUCGCCGCUUCUCCUUCAUCAGCUUCUCCCUGCUGGGAGCGCUGGCGCUGCUCUUCCUGCAGCUCACAGUGAACGGUCAUCCAGCUAUAACCUUGUCCCUGGUGCUGUUGGGUAAAUUUGGCGUCAUGGCUGGAUCUGGGGUGUUGUACAUCUACACUGGAGAGCUGUUUCCUACCGUCAUCAGAAACACGGCCAUGUCUUCCUGUGCCAUGUUCUCCAGACUGGGCUCUGCUGCUUCCACCUACCUGCUGGAACUGGCUACAGUCCAUGAGCUCCUGCCGUGGAUCGUUGUGGGAUCUCUGUCGCUGCUGAGUGUCGUGCUCUGCAUCUUCCUGCCUGAGACCUUCAGACAGCUCCUCCCUGACACCAUCCCGCAGAUGCCACAAGCUCACUGUUUCCGGCGGCCCAGGACCUCGUCUACGCUGCCAGAGGAUGAAGAGAAAACAAAAGAUCAGACCAUGGCGCCUGAGAUCAUCUGCACAGCUCGCUUAUAAGAACUUUGACCUUUGACAACCGGCCAUAGCACUGAC